AUGGCUCCUCUAAAGCGUGUAAGACACGAAGAGGGGGAUGUGAUCGCCACUGAGAGCGCAAGCUCAGCCCUUCGUUCUGAUAACCAACGAAAGCGAAUCAAAAUCUCGAACGGUCAACCCUCCUCGAGAUCGUCACAACCCCGCGACGAGAGCUCCUCUAGUUCUUCCGAAUAUGGCAGCGAUGAUGCCGAUAACGACAAUGAAGAAACAUCUAUGCCUCCUGGAACCCAGUAUGAGAUACUUCGUGAUGCUGGAUUCAAACAUUUGGAACACCCCGAACACGAUGAUGCAAUUGCCACACGGCAAUUCCUCACCAAAAGCCAAAUGAUCGGCGACAAUCAUGCUAACGAUAAUUCCAUCAUCGAACACAUUCAAUGCGUGAACUUUAUGAACCACGAAAACCUCAAUGUUCCGUUGGGGCCACUCAUUAAUUUCGUUGUUGGAAUGAAUGGAAGUGGAAAGAGUGCGGUUUUAACUGGCAUCACACUUUGUUUGGGAGGAAAGCCUAGUGCUACGAACCGUGGAAGUAGUAUGAACAGCUUGAUCAAGUCAGGUACUGAACGAGGGAUGCUUCUUGUCAGGUUAAAGAAUCAGGGUCCUGAUGCCUAUCAGUCAGAUAUAUACGGAAAGUCGAUUAUUGUUGAGCGGCAUUUCUCGAGGUCGGGUAGUGGUAGCAGCUACAAGUUGAAGAGUGUAGCAGGCAACAUUAUAUCCACCAAGAAGGGUGACAUGGAUGAUAUUGUGGAGUAUUUCCAACUUCAAGUCGAUAACCCAAUGAAUAUCCUUACUCAGGAUGAAGCGAAAACUUUCAUCACUUCCUCUACACCGUCGCAGAAAUUUGAUUUUUUCAGGAAGGGUGUACAGCUCGAACAGCUUGAUAAUGAUUAUAAGCUUGUUUCCGAGAGCUGUGAUCAGAUCGAGGAUCUUCUCAACGAAAGUGUCGGUGAUCUCAAGGGGCUGGAAACACAGGCUGAGGAUGCGGCGGCGAAGAAGAAAAUUUUUGAUCAGCAUCAAGAUAUGAGAGUGGAGAGAAGACUUUUGAGAAACCAGUUGACGUGGUGUCAGGUUGACGAGCAAGAGAGCGAUUUGGAGGAGCGCAGGAGAACAGUUUCGGACACACAGCGAAAGAUUGAAGAAAGGGAGAGGACUGUGGAGGAGAAGGACCGAGCAUACCAGACACUCGAUUCUUCAGUCGAACGAGCUCUCGAGAAGGCGAAGAUCCUUGGAGAUGAGCUUGCUCCAUUGAAGGAGGAAGAGCAAGAAGCCAAGUCGAGAGUUGAGGAGGUAGAUUCGGAGAUUAAAAGAGUUCACCAGGAAUACAAGGACAGUCAAGGAGAGCUUAAACAAGCGAGGAUAAGAGUCCAAAAAACACAAACGGAUAUUGACGUCGAGCAGAAGCGCAUAGAGGCUGCUAAUGGCGGAUCUCUCAACCGAAAAUUCGCGGAAAUCGAAGCUGCUAAAACUGAAGCUUCGCAGGCUAGAGCUGAGUUAGAGAAAUGCCACGCAGAGAUGCAAGCAUUAGUAGAGAAAAGUCGAGCUUCCAAGAAUGCAUCUGAAAAAGAGCAAGGUCCUUGGGCUGCGAAGAAAAAGGAUGUUGAAAACUGCAAAAACGGAUUGAGAGACAUGCAAAACGAGCGACCAAAUCCGAUGCGUGGCUUUGACGCCAGGAUGCCUGCUUUACUUCAGAGUAUACAACAAAACCGGGAAUUUUCUCACACGCCUGUCGGUCCUAUUGGUAUUCAUUUGAAACUUCGCGAUCCAAAGUGGUCAGAUAUUCUCGAGGUAACCUUUGGCAACCUCUUGAACGCUUUCAUUGUUACCAAUAGGUCAGACCAAGUCAGGUUACAAAAGAUCAUAUCUGCAAUAGGCAUACCCCGGACUCAAAUUUACAUUAUUGCGAAUACUCAACACAUUGAUACCACUCAAAACGAGCCCGAUCAAAACUUCAUGACUAUCUUGAGAAUGCUGGAUAUUGACAGUGAGAUUGUGAGGAAUGCAUUGAUCAUAAACCAAGCGAUAGAACAGGUCUUGUUGGUUGACGACCUGAAAGAAGCAGGGCGGAUCAUGGAACCUGGGUCGAAGCCAGCCCACGUUAAGCAUUGCUAUACUCACAAUCCACAAAAGAGAGGCUGGGGUAUUCGACUGUACUUAAAUGGUUCCAACAAUCAAAAUAGUGCACAGGAUUUCGUCAGGCCCUACACAUUUAAACCUCGCAUGAAUACAGAUGGCGAAGGCCGUAUCAUCUUGCAACAGGAAACUCUGAGGCAACUUCAAGACGAAGAGUCGAGACUUGCAAACAGUUGCCGUACAUUACAACAGCGUGCUCAAGAAGCAGAGAAGGCAAUCCAACAACACAAAGUCGCCCAAGGCAGAUUGAAGAUUCGCGUACAGAAGACUGAGGAACGUGUCGAAUCAUUGGAAACUGAACUUAGCAACCUCAAUGUAGAGGAUGGUUUCUUGGACACUCUCAAAAGACAGCUGGAGGAAGCGAGCAGUCUUGUGGCACAUUACGAGAACGCAUAUGGCGCCACUGGUCUUGCAAAGGAAGAGUACAAUGCGAAGGCUUCUGAACACAAAAAUGCCCUCAAAGCCGCAAAGAAACGUGUUGAGAAUCAUGAAAAGUUGAUUUCCGAUGCAAAUCAGAAGGCGAAAGCCAAAGCUCAAGCACGUAGUAUCGCACUGGGAGAAAAGAAUACCGCCAUUACACAAGUUGAGGCAUACAGUGUAAUGAAGACAGAAGCAGAGGUCAAGCUCGCAGAGCAGGAGAAUACCGUGAAAGCUUACAUUGCAGAUGCAACACAAAUAUGUGCCAGGAUUCCCAUACCACCCAACGAAACUAGAGCUAGUCUUGAGGCGAAGUACAAGAGCAUCACGGAUCAAUUGCAACAGUAUAGCCAGAGACUUGGUGUCACAGAGCAACAAAUUUUAGAAAAUUGGGCAAGGGCCAAAGAGUUGUUGAAGAGUUUCAAAGAACGCCGCAAUCACAUGGAAGAAUUACUGCAAAUUCUCAAACAGUCUUUUGGACAGCGUAUGAAGCAAUACCGCAGUUUCCAAAGACACAUUUCAGCCAGAUCUCGGAUAAACUUCCAAUAUUUACUCCUUGAGAGAGCUUUUAGGGGUAGGCUUUCAAUUGAUCACAAGGCCAGAUUAUUGGACGUUCAUGUCGAACCAGACGAGACAAGCAGCAACAAAAAGGGCCGACAAACCAAGACUCUCUCGGGCGGAGAGAAAUCAUUCUCAUCCAUCUGUUUACUUCUGUCUCUUUGGGAAGCCAUGGGUGCUCCUCUUCGCUGUUUAGAUGAAUUCGACGUUUUCAUGGAUGAUGUCAAUCGGGAUGUGAGCACCAAGAUGAUUAUCAGUGCAGCUCGACGCGCCGUCGGUAGACAAUUUAUCCUAAUCACGCCCAAAGCAUUAGGAGCUGGUAUUGAAAUUGGAGAAGAUGUCAAAAUUCACAAACUCGAUGAUCCGAGAGAGAAAAAUCAAAGAUCUCUUCCUGAGAUGAUAGGUGCCGCUUAA